AUGUACAGCGUUGAAAAGCGGCCGACUUUUCUUCAAUGGCUAAAGAUUACCAUCGUAGACAUUUUGACGAUGGCCGUGGUUGGGGCUUACGCGUUGGUAGUGUUCCGCCUCGGCCCAGCAGCUACCCGAUUAUUCCCCCUGACAAUUAGAGAUGGUAGCGAGAUCAUCUACCCUCAAUUCGCAUAUCCGUAUCGUUCUCAGUACAUCUCGUCGUGGCUGGCUGGCAUUCUGGCCUUGCUUGUCCCGAUUGCCAUCAUACUCCUCGCUCAGAUCAGAGUGACCAGCUUCUGGGACACCAACAAUGGGAUCAUGGGCGUGGUCUAUGCUAUCAUCUUGUCUUCUGCCUUUCAGGUGUCACUCAAGUGGAUAGUCGGAGGGCUGCGUCCAUUCUUUUACGACGUCUGCAAUCCGGACAUCAACAGGGCCUUGAGCCACGAACUAUUCGACUCAUCGGGCCUCAAUGGCGUUGGUUACCAGGACUACAUGUUUUCGCGAGAUGUCUGCAGAACCACUUCUAAAGCGGCCUUGGACAACGCCAUGCAGAGCUUUCCCAGCGGUCACGCGAGUACCGUGUUUUCAGGCAUGGUUUUCCUGUUUUUAUAUCUCAAUGCCAAGCUCAAGGUCUUUUCCAACUACCAGCCUGCCAUGUGGAAGUUGGUACUGAUCUUUGUCCCUAUCCUUGUGGCAACACUGGUUGGUGGAUCAUUGAGUGUGGACAAUAGUCAUAACUGGUAUGACAUUGUCGCUGGUGCUAUCAUUGGGAUUGUGUUUGGGUUUGCGUCGUACCGUAUCAUGUACGCAGCUAUUUGGGACUAUCGGAUCAAUCACAUUCCACUGAAUCGUCACAAGUCAUUCGUUCAAGGCGACGGCGUCGAGGGUAAUAACAUGGUGUUCUCUGAGCACGCUGGCUGGACAUCACGCAGGAAAGCAAAAAAGUCUGCACUUCCGGCUCCCACGACCACUCGACCUUCAAGGUAG